AACAAGUAAACACACUACACGUUUCCAACAUUAAAGAGGUCGUUGAGGGUCGCAUUUAAACGCAAUUAGUUCCCCCAACAACUUCAUUCUUUUCGAGAAAAAAAUUCCAGUUUUCUCCUAAAUCCUCUAACCUUGAUGUUUUUGUUUUCUAAUGAUUGACUUGAAGCAAUAACCAUAUAGGAAAUUAAGAUUAUAUUUGAUGGCACAGGUAGGAAAUGACGAGGCUCUAAGAUCGUCACUGAUUUGGCUGGCGGUGGUUAUGUUGAUUGUUGGGAUAUGCACACAGAGCUUGAAGAAGAUGUUGGUCACUUACGUUGUGGGUGUUUUGGGGAUUGCCGGAAUCUUAUUGCCUGACUGGGAUUUCUUCGACCGGGAUUUCUCUAGAUGGUGCUACCCCGUUACUGCUGAAGAAAGGGCCUUCGCUCUUGCUCAAAGACAAGUUUCCCUAUUGAGAAGAUAUAGGAUCUAUCCUGUGAGGCUGGUGGUGUACACAAUUAUUUAUGGGUUUGCUUUAUACAAGUGGUGGAUGUUCGUAUCAAAUUGAAGGAAUCAAAAGCAAUUUAUGGUAGAUUAUUAUUACCUCUGGUUUUUCCCACGAUGAUCCUGAAAAAUUCGGUUCAGUUAGAAAGCAGCCGCUAAGCUUCAUCAGAAUUUGGCUGCAACCUGUGGAUGGCCGAGACUGAUUUUGAAGUUGUUGUUUGUAUUUUGUUAUACUAUCUACUCUUCAAUUGUUUGUGGCCAAGUGUUGUCCUCAUUGUCUGGUUUAAAAUUUCGAAGAACUUUUUCCUA